ACUUUUUUUUCACAAAUAUGAGAAAACGAAUUCUUGCAAUUUUCUUUGAUAUAAUCCCCCUAGUUUCAAUUUCUUCAGUAUUAUUAUCAAACUGUCUUACGAGUGCAUUGUUCGAAGGAGAAAACUGUACGGUUCGAUUAAACCAUGAAGAGGGUCGUUGUAUUAAAGUACGUGAUUGCCAAUAUGCCCUCAGACUAAUUCGUAGUAGACGAAACCCUGGAGCAUGUGGCUUUAAGGGAAACGAUCCACUUGUGUGUUGCCCUUUGUCGUCAAAAAUGAAGGAUCUUCCUGGAACCUUAAGUGUAACAAAAUGUAUGGGCUAUGACGACGUUUUAAUUGAAAGACUAUUUCUCGGUGAACAAGUUCCUCUUCACAAGUUUUCUCACAUGGCAGCCAUUGGUUAUGGCAAAUAUGAAACGUACAUUCCAUGGUUAUGUGGAGGAAGUUUAAUUAGUUACAACUUUGUACUGAGUGCUGCGCAUUGUGCGUAUAAUCAAGAGUAGUAAGUAGUUAGGUAACGCAUGUUUAAUAACCUUGUUCGUUGCUUUAUCAAUCAUGUACA